AUGUGGCUUAUGCAGAAAGUUCUGUUAAUAAUGCUGAUUACAUUAGUUUCUAGUAAAAGAGAUAAUCAUAGAGGGCAACCUAGAAACCAAGAAAGGAAGGCAGAUAGAAUACCGACAUCGUCAGAAGAAGAUGAAGGCAUCAAUUUGUACUUCGCAAGGAAUAUAUCGCAGUCGCCAACUACAACGUCGAAACCGAAGCAAGACGAAAUUGUAGAAAAGUUUAUAGAAUCUUUAGUAGCGAGUGAAAAGUAUUAUAAGGUUGUGGAAUCUUUGGAGCGAAAAUUGCGUCAUUUAGAAAUCAUGUUUAAUGAAAGAUCCAAUAAAAUGAUCAAACAUUUGCUAGAAAUUCGUCAGCUAGUGAAAUCAUCACCAUCGGAAUUCUUAGAAAUAGCUCUCCGCUCCAUGAACGCAGAUCUAGAGAAACUUAGGAAUGCAAUUUCAAAGUCAGUGACUCAUCCGAAAUUAAGAGGUAAGUACCUUUUGACUCGACCUUAUGACCCAAGAGUAAAGGAAGGGCUAUGUUUUUCGGGAGUAUCUUGUAUGUAUGUAAUAUUCUUUAUUACUUCAUAUCUUCAGAACCGCUGAACGGAUUAAGAUAAUUGAGCUAUCGUUAGAUGUCUUAGUGGCUCUAAAGUCUUAGAUAGGCAAAGUAAAAAAACAUAUAUGGCGGCUGUGAGACGUCAUUAUAUUCAAUCUUAAAUGUUUAAAAAACAAUAUCAAAUUAAAGAUUAUUAUCAUUAUUGUAAUACCAAUGAUAAAGUUUAAAAAUAUUUGUGCUCGCAAAUGGACUUUGUUCUUACACUUUCUGAACCAACCUGGUAAUUUGUGUAACUAAAAAGACAAAUAAAAUUAUAAUUAAAAUAAAACAAAUGAACCCGCUUGGAAAAUAAGAAACUGAAAAGACUGGAACAAGAUAAAAAAAUUAUACAUCAUACGUAAAGAUAUAUACUUGCAAAGUGGUAAAAUAUGGGCAUAUUCCUAGACAUUUUUCCUAAAGCCAUUUUUUGUAAAAGUCUUUUAAAUUCUUUUAAAAUGUGCGUGUGCUACUGCUACGAGCUUCAGAUUUAA